AUGCUGCAAACAUUCCUCACACCCGAGAAACUGUGGCCAGGUGGUAUUCCCCCGUCGGUCCAUCUUCACCAAAACGGAGACUUGUCGGAGGAUGAUAUGAAGGAGGAAUCAAAAGGAUGGUGCCAGAGGAGUGGGUUCCAAAGACUGAUCUCACCGAGGAAACGCAACAACGACGAGCGCUCAUUGAAAGAUGGGCUUCUGCGGAUCAGGCCUUUCGAGAUUCGUAUCAAGAUCGUGCUCCGUUACGAAAAUCGCCGCUAG